GUGGGCUGCUGACAGCUUCAAGUGGAGCAGAAGCCUUUCUCAACUCAGGGAGACUAAGUGGUGACUGGAAUCUGGACAGAAUCUUCUACAGAAGUACCCACUUUGCCUGGCAGGGCCUCUAACCAGCUCCUCUCUCCGCCCCAGCUGUCACUCACCUGCUGAGCACAAUGAUAUUCCUCACAGCACUGCCCCUGUUUUGGAUUAUGAUUUCAGCCUCCCGAGGGGGUCACUGGGGCGCCUGGAUGCCCUCGUCCAUCUCGGCCUUCGAGGGCACGUGCGUGUCCAUCCCCUGCCGCUUCGACUUCCCCGAUGAGCUGCGACCGGCCGUGGUGCACGGCGUCUGGUACUUCAACAGCCCCUACCCCAAGAACUACCCCCCGGUGGUCUUCAAAUCUCGGACCCAAAUCGUCCAUGAGAGCUUCCAGGGCCGCAGCCGCCUCCUGGGGGACCUGGGCCUGAGGAACUGCACCCUCCUGCUCAGCAACCUCAGCCCUGAGCUGGGCGGCAAGUACUACUUCCGUGGGGACCUGGGAGGCUACAACCAGUACACCUUCUCUGAGCACAGCGUCCUGGACAUCAUCAACACUCCCAACAUCGUGGUGCCCCCCGAGGUGGUGGCAGGCACGGAAGUGGAGAUAAGCUGCAUGGUGCCUGACAACUGCCCGGACCUGCGCCCAGACCUCACCUGGCUGGGCCACGAUGAGUUAGGGGAACCCACCGUGCUGGGGCGACUGCGCGAGGACGAGGGCACCUGGGUGCAGGUGUCGCUGCUGCACUUCGUGCCCACCAGGGAGGCCAAUGGCCACCGGCUGGGCUGCCAGGCCGCGUUCCUCAACACGUCCAUGCAGUUCGAGGGCUAUGCCAGCUUGGACGUCAAAUACCCCCCUGUGAUUGUGGAGAUGAACUCCUCGGUGGAGGCCAUCGAAGGCUCCCACAUCAGCCUGCUGUGCGGGGCUGACAGCAACCCGCCGCCGCUGCUGACCUGGAUGCGGGACGGAGCGGUGCUGCGCGAGGUGGUGGCGGACAGUCUGUCCCUGGAGCUGGAAGAGGUGACCCCCACCGAGGACGGCGUGUACGCCUGUCUGGCUGAGAACGCCUAUGGCCAGGACAACCGCACAGUGGAGCUCAGCGUCAUGUAUGCUCCCUGGAAGCCGACGGUGAAUGGCACCAUGGUGGUUGUGGCUGGCGAGUCAGUCUCCAUCCUGUGCACCACACAGAGCAACCCAGAACCCAUCCUCACCAUCUUCAAGGAAAAGCAGGCUCUGGCCACCGUCAUCUAUGAGAGUGAACUGCAGCUGGAGCUGACUGCCGUGGAGCCCGAGGACGACGGCGAGUACUGGUGUGUGGCAGAGAACCAAUAUGGUCAGCGAGCCACGGCCUUCAACUUGACAGUGGAGUUCGCCCCGGUGAUUCUCCUGGAGUCACACUGUGCUUCGGCCCGGGAAACGGUGCAGUGCCUGUGCGUGGUCAAGUCCAACCCGGAGCCCUCCGUGGCCUUCGAGCUGCCCUCGCGCAACGUGACAGUGAACGAGACGGAGCGGGAGUUCGUGUACUCAGAGCGCAACGGCCUCCUGCUCACCAGCAUCCUCACGCUGCGCGGACAGGCCCAGGCGCCACCACGCGUCCUCUGCACCGCGCGCAACCUCUACGGUGCUCAGAGCCUGGAGCUACCCUUCCAGGGGGCCCAUCGCCUCAUGUGGGCCAAGAUCGGGCCUGUAGGAGCCGUGGUCGCCUUUGCCAUCCUAAUUGCCAUUGUCUGCUACAUUACUCAGACCCGCAGAAAAAAGAACGUGACAGAGAGCCCCAGCUUUUCGGCAGGGGACAACCCCCCCGUCCUGUUCAGCAGUGACUUCCGCAUCUCCGGGGCGCCGGAGAAGUAUGAGAGUGAGAGACGCCUCAGAUCAGAGAGGAGGCUGCUGGGCCUUCGAGGGGAGCCCCCGGAGCUGGACCUGAGCUAUUCUCACUCGGACAUGGGGAAGCGGCCCACCAAGGACAGCUAUACCCUGACAGAGGAGCUGGCCGAGUAUGCUGAGAUCCGCGUCAAGUGAGGGGCCUCCCUCCUGCUCAGGACCCACACUGGCCCCCACUGGCUGUGGGCUCUCUUUUUCCCAGAGUGGUGGCGGCUGGGGCAGGACAGGGCUGGGGUGGGAGGCAGUGAGGUCCUGGGGGCCUGGCCUCCCCCUCUUCCCAGCUGCCCCCUCCCUGUGCCCCCACUGCAGCUCCCCUCUAACCUCCUUAACCUCACCUGUCUGGAGGGGAGCUCUGUCUGUGCAUGUUAUUUAUUGCUCCCCUGCCCUGCCUGGCCUCCUGCCCCAACCCCCGGCCCCAGGACCUAUCCAGAAGGGACACAAAAUAAACAUCCCAAAGCCCCAAAA